UCUGGCUGGCUGCUGUCCUGUCAUCGCUCUGGGUGUGGUUUUUUCUUUGCAGCAGGGGUACCGUUAGCAGGAAAUCAAGCUCCCAGUUCGCUUUACUUAAACGCGAAACAAAGAGAAACCUUCCCUGGAGCGCAGCUUUGAAAAGAAAAGGGGGAAAAAAGCGUUUCGUAGUUUAGCUAGAAGUAUCCCCAACCCGGGAGGGCGUUUAGUUGGUGCCGUUGUUCUGAUGGGAAAAAGUUUUCUAGACUAGCCAGCCGAAUUAAGAAGUUUUAAGGAAAAUCUGUGCAGGAGGUAAAAGACCGGAAAGAUGCCGAAAACGACGAGUGUGCGAGUUACCACGAUGGAUGCUGAACUGGAGUUUGCCAUUCAGCCCAACACAACAGGGAAGCAGCUCUUUGACCAGGUGGUAAAGACCAUUGGACUGAGAGAGGUUUGGUACUUCGGACUCCAAUACCAGGAUACAAAGGGUUUCUCUACUUGGCUGAAGCUCAAUAAGAAGGUGACAGCCCAGGAUGUCAGGAAGGAAAACCCGCUGCUUUUCAAGUUCCGUGGAAAGUUCUUCCCUGAGGACGUUACGGAGGAGCUGAUCCAGGAUGCCACACAGCGGCUCUUCUUCCUGCAGGUGAAGGAGGCCAUCCUAAACGACGACAUCUACUGCCCCCCAGAGACUGCGGUGCUCCUGGCCUCCUACUCCGUGCAGGCUAAGUUCGGUGACUACAACAAGGAACUGCACACGUCAGGCUACCUGAACAGUGAAAAUCUGCUCCCUCAGAGAGUUCUGGAUCAGCAUAAACUCAACAAGGAGCAAUGGGAGGAGAGGAUUCAAGUGUGGCAUGAAGAACACAAAAGCAUGAUGAGAGAGGAGUCCAUGAUGGAGUACCUGAAAAUCGCCCAGGACCUGGAGAUGUAUGGAGUCAACUACUUCAACAUCAAGAAUAAGAAAGGAACUGAUCUGUGGCUCGGAGUGGACGCUCUGGGUCUCAACAUUUAUGAACAAAAUGACAAAAUGACGCCCAAAAUUGGAUUUCCUUGGAGUGAAAUAAGGAACAUUUCCUUCAAUGACAAGAAGUUUGUCAUUAAACCAAUUGACAAGAAAGCCCCAGAUUUUGUAUUCUACGCUCCGAGACUGCGCAUCAACAAGCGCAUUCUGGCUCUGUGUAUGGGCAACCACGAGCUGUAUAUGCGGCGCCGUAAGCCCGACACCAUUGAGGUACAGCAGAUGAAGGCCCAGGCUCGGGAGGAGAAGAACCACAAAAAGAUGGAGAGAGCUCUGUUAGAGAAUGAAAAGAGGAAAAGAGAGGUUGCAGAAAAAGAGAAGGAAAAGAUUGAAAAAGAGAAAGAGGAGCUGAUGGAGAGAUUAAAGCAGAUUGAGGAUCAGACCAGAAGAGCCCAACAAGAGCUGGAGGAGCAGACUCAGAGGGCUCUAGAGCUGGAGCAGGAGAGGAAGCGUUCUCAGGAGGAUGCCGAACGUCUGGAGGCUGAGCUGAAGGGAGCUGAGGAUGCCAAGAUGGCGCUGCUGCAGCAGUCAGAGAACCAGAUGAAGAACCAAGAACACCUGGCCACAGAGCUGGCUGAAUUGACUUCAAAGAUCUCUCUUCUGGAGGAUGCUAAGAAGAAGAAGGAAGAUGAGGCGAUAGAGUGGCAGCAGAAGGCCACCAUGGUCCAGGAUGACCUGGAGAAGACCAAAGAAGAGCUUAAGAACAAAGUGAUGGCGGCCCAUAUCCAAGAGCCUCUCAAUGCCGAGAAUGAACAUGACGAGAACGACGAAAGCAGCGCCGAAGCUAGCGCCGAGUUUACGGCUGCGGCCACGUACAAGGACCGCAGCGAAGAGGAGCGAAUGACCGAGGCCGAGAAGAAUGAACGUCUGCAGAAACAUCUACUUACUCUGAGCUCAGAGUUGGCCAACGCCCGGGACGACACCAAGAAGACGGUGAACGACAUCCUCCACGCAGAGAACAUGAAAGCGGGACGAGACAAGUACAAGACCCUCAGACAGAUCCGGUCAGGCAACACCAAACAGCGUAUCGACGAGUUUGAAUGCAUGUGAUGCAAUCGGUGGGCGACGCAAAAAGGCCCGCCCACGUCGGGCCCUGCUGCUUGGACUGCAGUCCUGCCUAACUCAAGCUGUUUUUUCUGUACGCAAACAAAAUCAGAUCAACAACGUGACUUGGCUGCAAAAACACUGCAAAUUGUGGAAAUAUGGAUGUGGAAAAUUCCAACUGUUUUUAUUUCUAAAUUAGAAUUUCUGACAAGUCACUGGUUGUAAAGGGACAUACUGUAUUUUGGUAUUACAUUCCUGAUAGCAGGUUUGUGUAGCAUAUUAACAAUGGCCAUAUGCCUUUAUUAUGACUUAUUGAGCAAAGAUCUUUUAGAUUCUUUUUAUAUUUUUGUCACCAUUUUAUAGAAUUAAGGUAUAAAUUUGGCACUGCUUAAACUCUGGUCUGCAGAUAUAUUUUUGGUGUCUACAUGCAACUGUUCCUCUUAUCAGGCUGGAUUUAUUUUUAUUAUCUUACAUAGGGCUUCUCCUCCCCGUUAUGCAUUCAGUACAUACACAGUAUGUAUCUGUGUCUAUGAGAAGCAUAAUAAAGCAGUAUUAUUUUUUAUUUGUUUGUUUUUGCAGAUUCCUUUAAUUUCUUAUUUGCCUGCAUUCAAGGUCUGCCAACUAUUUCAAAUCAAUCAUCAGUAUUUACAACCGACCCACAAUGUGAUAUUAAAGAUUUAAAUAUCAUUUCAAA